CUGAUCACUAGUACUAGAUCAAGUCGAGGCGCAAGAUCACGCCGUAUUGCUCUAUCUACCGUCCAAAUCGCACCACGAGCAUCGCUAUCGCAUGGUCUUGAUAUAUAUCAGAAUGAAAAGGGACCCGGGGCUACGUCUGCUUUCAAACAACUAACGGCACCUUUGGUCUUAUGGGGGCUUUAAGGCGGUAUCGAUCAACUAUUUAUCUCGUCGUCGCGUUUUUGUUCUUCGUGUCCUAGCCUCCCAUCAUCAGUGCUAGCAAUGGUUCACCUCCAAGGUGGUCAGCGCGAGGGUCGUCAGAACUCAUUCAUCAAGUUCUUUGCCUGCCUCGCCCUUGCUCCAUCCUUCGCUGCAGCCAGUGCGACCUCCGGCACCAAUAACCCUGCCAUUCUCGUUUCCAGCCGUCAUGGAGCCGUCGCAGCAGAUCACAGACUAUGUUCCGAUAUAGGCGUGCAAAUAUUGAAGUCAGGGGGGAAUGCUGUAGACGCUGCCAUCUCGUCUGUUCUCUGCUUGGGCGUAGUUCAGCCAUUUUCAUCGGGAAUCGGUGGUGGUGGCUGGAUGACCGUCCGUAUACCCAACAACAGCAGCAGCAGCAAUACGACUUCGGAAAUAUGGUCCAUUAACUUCCGCGAGACUGCACCUGCCCUCGCAAACACGACCAUGUACACAGCGUCAUCAAAUUCAUCUCAGUUUGGUGGGUUGGCAGUUGGCGUUCCCGGUGAAAUUCGCGGACUAGGGGAGGCUCACAAGCGAUGGGGUUCAUUACCAUGGAAAGAUCUUUUUCGACCUGCCAUCGAGCUCGCGAAUGGCUACAAAAUAGGCCCAGAGCUCGCAAAAAGAAUCCCAGCAUACAAGGAUCUUUUCUUGAACAAUCCGGAUUGGUCUGCAAUAUGGGCACCCAAUGGAGUUUUACUCAGGGAGAACGACGUUUAUAUCAACAAGAACUUAUCAAGAACACUAUCCUUAAUUGCUGAUGAUGGGCCUGGCGUGUUUUACAAGGGUCCCAUCGCCGAUUCUCUCGUUCGCAAGAUCCAGGCGAAUGGCGGCAUAGUCACUAAUGGUGACUUUGAGAACUACACAGUCAGCGUUUCUCGAUCGCUACAGGGAACGUACCUAGGGAAAAAGGUUUACGUACCACAAGCACCAUCUUCCGGAGCCGCGCUGUUGCAUAUGCUCAAUAUUGUUGAGCACUACAACUUCACUCAGCGAAAUGAGUUGAACACUCAUAGAUUGGUGGAAGCCCUCAAGUAUGGUUUCGCAGCCAGAACGAGGCUCAGCGAUCCUAACUUCCGAAAUGCAACCAAUAGGAGGUUGAUUGAUGAGGUACCCACGAAAGAAUUCGCCGACGCGGUUGUGCGUAACAUAAGCGAUGAUCGAACCCACGAUCCCGACUAUUAUAACCCGAUCUAUGAUUUUAAAACUGAUCAUGGAACGACACAUUUGGCGGUUGUAGAUCAGAAUGGCACUGCGGUAUCUCUUACGACCACGAUCAAUCUGGUGUUCGGUUCACAAGUCUUGGAUCCUGAGACGGGUGUUAUCCUGAACGAUGAGAUGGAUGACUUUAGUGUACCAGGAAAACCGAAUGCUUGGGGACUUUGGCCUUCCCCUUACAACUACCCAGAACCCCAUAAACGCCCUCUCUCCUCAACUGUGCCCACCAUCAUCGAAAAUUCGGACCACUCAUUGUACAUGGUUGUUGGUGGCGCAGGUGGUGUCAACAUCUUGUCUGCAGCUUUUCAAGUUAUUCUGUCGACAAUCAACCAGUGGGGAGGUACUGUAGAUGGGGGAAACACUCUUGGAGAGGCGAUCAUCGGGGAAGCAAUUGAGUCAGGGAGGAUCCACGACCAGUUGUUCCCCGUCGAAACUAGGCUCGACAGCACUUAUCCGGAGAAGUAUGCCCAAAGUUUGAAGGCAUUGGGACAUAAUGUUACAAGAAUCGACGUGAAUGUUAUUCAGGCGGUCAUAAACGGUAUCACGAGAGAUGCUAGUAGUGUCUUGUAUGCUGCAAGUGACUCUAGGAAAAAUGGCAUCGCAGCUGGUUUCUGAGACCAAACUAUAUCAUAUAUUAUUACAAGCUUCAAUCAUCGGCCCCCUCGUUGCUAGCGUCGCAGAUACCCACAGUGAUGUAUGGAUUAGAUCGCAAACUAGUCAGUAUGUACUUAUGUACUAGACCCAUGUGGCGGGUAUAAUACUUAAAUCCCUGAAUGAAACGUUUGUGAUCGAGAAGGCACAAAGUGAA